GGAGAGAGAGGAGGAGGACGAGGAGUAGGAGAGGGAGGAGAAGGAGGGAGAGGAGGAGUAGGAGGCGGCAGCACAGGUAGCGAUAAUUUGUCUGUGACGUCCAGUAACUCGGAGGACCAGGUGAUGGUGGCCAACACUCUGCCCAGGGUGAAACCAAGGGAACAGGCCAACACUCUGCCCAGGGUGAAACCAAGGGAACAGGCCAACACUCUGCCCAGGGUGAAACCAAGGGAACAGGCCAACAACCCUCUCCGGCUCCGCUACAACCCUUUUCUGCUCAACACGGAGGAGGAUGAUGAUGAGGAGGAGGAAGAGGACGAAGACGAUAGUGAUAAUCUCAACGGUUACCUGGAAGAUUCAUCCUUCCAUCUUCAUGGCAAUACAAACUCCGCCCUAGAUGAGGAGGGAGACGGGGUCACGCCCUUUCACCUCCACGACCUGGGGUUCACCACACACGAGCCCUUCCUGUUGCAAAGCACCCUGGGAAAGCACUCCUGGGGCUGCUCUGGGGAACGGGACUCCCUCAGGGGUGUUGCCUCCGAUCUCUCCGCCCACCUGGAGGGCCUAGACCUGCUGGUAUUGGAUGGUCCUCGCCGACACGGCAGCAGCGGCUCCACCCUCUCCAUGGACUGCGGAGAGCAGGAGUGGGCUGAGGAUGAGGAGGAGGAGGAAGACCCAAUGAGGGGUGGUGGGAGGAGCAGUAGCCAGGCUGACUCGUCUUCCUCCAGCUCCACCCAUCAGCUCUGCUCCUGCUACGGCCUCUCACAGACGUUUCACGAACACUUCCCGGAACAGUUUUCCCAGUCGUUGGAAAGCCAGCUGGGCUACGGCAGCGUAUCGUCCUGUAACAGCUCGGAUGGCAUGCUGGUCAACUUCAGUGCCAUUUAUAACAAGAUCAAUAACAGUGUCCCUUCGACCUCCUCCGAGCCACCUCCUCCUGCCACAACCACCAACCUGAACAGUUCCACUGACCACUCCUACACCUCCUCUGUCUGCACCUCUUCUGUACUGGAUGGGGAGGCAGGGAGCCCAGGAAGUGCCAGAGACAGGGGUGCUUUCUACCUAGACCUCCACACUUCCCCCACCGAGCCCCCCAACUCUCAUCAACCCUCUUGCUCCUCCAAUAGCACCCUGCCGUUUGGACUCCACCCCCACACCAACACCUCCUCAUGCACCUGCUCAGCCGAACACCAGGGGGCUCUAGAUCUGGACGCCAACUGCAAUUCUUACCAGCCUCCCCACCACUCAGACUCAGGAAGUGACCUCACAUCCUGUCUGCAGAGCCAGGCCCGUCUGGUGGUAGCCACCCAGAACUACUACAAGUUGGUGACCUGUGACCUUUCAUCUCAGUCGCCCCCGAGCCCUGUGGGAAGCUCCGCGUCGUUUACCAGCUGCUCUGACGAGCACAGCAAGGAAAGCCCCGCUCCUGACACGCCCAACGCCACCCAGCCAACCGAAUACUACCUGUUCAGACGGCCACCUGGGGGAGAGGAAAAGGAGGCAGAAGAGGAAGAUGAGGAGGGAGAGUUGUCACAUCGUGAUGAAGAUGAGGAAGAGGAUGACGACGAGGAAGAGGAGAGGAAGAAGAAGAGGGAGCAGCAGCAGAUGGGCGGAGCCUGUUCAGACCUCAUCAUUGAGGGACAGGUGUACAUUAACAUCUCCCCUCCCGUGGUUGACCGAGGACCCAUCGGAGGCGGUACUCCCCGCCCCCGUUCCCGUAGCUACGACCGGAACCUGAACAAGUCCCCGCCCCCUCGGCUCGGCUCAUUGGAGCGCAUGCAGAGCUGCCCUGUCCGUCUCAGUGAGGACGCCGCCCCCCUCGGCCCUCCCACUCCGCCACGGGUCACUUCCUUCGCUGAGAUCGCCAGGAGCAAGAGGAAAAACGGAGGAAGCGCUUGCUCUCCUUCUCUCAGGAUGGGGGGAUGUUCAGAUCCCUUCUCCUCCGCCCACUCGGCCCCCUCGGCCCACUCCCACUCCUCGGCCGACUUCUCCCCCAUCCUGGAGAACCUGGGUCAGGGUCCGAGCCACAGUGUGCCCUUCCAGCGCUGCUACAGCCAGGGCAGUGUGGACCGCCACUCACCGGGUGGCGGCGCCAGAGAGACACACGCCACGGCUGAAGGUGGUCUCUCCAGCUCUUCGUGCAGCUCUGCUGUUGUCCGCUACACUAAAGACCAGCGUCCUACCACCCUCCCCAUCCAACCCUUCACCUUCCACCACCAGUUCUCCAAGCUGUCCCGGCCCAAGCCCAUUCUUCCCCUGCUGCCGGGCUACGUCUCUGGGAUGCAGGCGCGGGGUGGAGGGCCUUCUGGAGGUCCAGAGGGGUCUGAUGGGGUCGACGACGACCGAUGGGAAGACUCUGUGCGUCGAUGCCAGAGUGGUGGUACGAUGGGUGGGAUGGUGUCAGCGGUGGCUCCGCUCGGCCCUGGUUCUGUCCGGCCCUCGCCGCUGGGUAGCUAUUCCCCCGUUCGCCUCCAGGGGGUGACCUCCACUUCCUGUUCUACCUGCACCCCCAGCCCCCAGACUCCUCUCAGCCUCUCCUGCCCCCUGUCGGCCGGGCUCCUGCCCCUCCACCAUACCCCUCCCCCACCAGCACGACUUGCGGCUGUCCCUCUGCCUCCCACUCAUCCACCUCCGCCCCUGGGUGUGAAGCGGGAUGCGGUGCCCCCCAUGCUGCCUCCGGUCCCGGGCCAGGUGCAGGGUCAGUGUCACCGUGGGACCCUCCCCGUCCUGCCGGUCGUGCUCCAGGACAGUGAGAUUUCACUGCGAUACGAGGAGACGUCAGACCCUGUGGAGGGGAGCAGAGGACCAGGGUCCAGGACACAACAUGGACACCACCUCUCUCCCCAGACUCUGAAAUGGAGGGAGUAUCGUCGUAGGAACCCCCUGGGGGUGGAGAGGUGUUCCUCUGGGGGAUCAGGCGUACCUGCCCUAUCAGGCAGUCUGGACGGGAAUGGUCGUAGGGGCGUGGCCAGGGGACAGCGAAUCACACGACGGAAUGUGUUUGACUUCCCUCCGGCCUCUAGUGGCCACGCCCUGGGACGACUCAAUGGCCAGUCUGUGAAGCAGCUGCAGCAGUACUACAGUGACUUCCUGCCAGACUACUUCUCCCUGACGGAGCGUCCUCCAGACGAGUUCUGUCUCUCUCCUGACGCAUCCUCUUCGUCAUCGUCCUCCACUUCCUCACAAUCCCACAUCUCCGUGAACCUGCAGCAGAAGAGAGGUUUAGUCAAAGCCAUCAAUACAGCCGUAGAUUUAAUCGUGGCUCAUUUUGGCACCAGUCGGGACCCUGAUGUUAAGGCGAAGCUGGGUAACAGUUGGGUGAGUCCCACUGGGCCACCUGAUCUGAAGUACCUGUGUCCGGCUCUAAGGGAGGGUGCUGGGGGAUGGGCUGAAGGCCUACGUCUGGACCUGAUCAUCGGACAGAGACGCAACCAGCCCUGGAGCCUGGGUAGAGGCCUCCACACAACUAGGUAUGAUGAUGAUGAUGAUGAUGAUUAGAGCAAUAAUCCCUGGAUC